AUGGCUUCAGCCUCUGUCGCCAGGUCGGCGAUGCCUGGUGGCCCUGGAAAAAGCAUAUCGCACACCGAUGCACCCCUGACUCAAUCAAGAGAGACUGGGGACGUAAAUCCUGAGUCGCGGCAAGGGACUCCCAUAGUCAACCGAGACAAGUCGACGAAGGCUCAAAACCCGUGGGCGCACCUGGUGGCAGGAGGAAUUGGCGGCAUGACGGCUGCAGCCCUGACUGCGCCGCUCGAUGUCCUCAAGACCAGGUUGCAGUCCGAUUUCUACCAAGCCCAGAUUCGUGCUUCACGGGCUUCGAUAGCCGCUCCGAUGAACCCGUUUCGAACCGCUGCGUUCCACUUCAACGAGACCAUGUCCAUCCUAGGCAGCGUAUAUCGCCAGGAGGGGCCUCGCGCGCUUUUCAAGGGCCUCGGCCCCAAUCUCGUCGGUGUGAUCCCCGCCCGCUCAAUCAACUUCUUCACCUACGGCAACGGUAAGCGCAUCAUCGGUGAGUACUUUGGUAACAAGGACUCGCCUUGGGUGCACCUCACUGCGGGCAGUAUCUCCGGUGUCGUCACCAGUACCGUGACGAACCCGAUCUGGAUGGUCAAGACCCGCCUGCAGCUCGAUAAGAACAUGGCGAUAGAGAGUGGCGGCAUUGCCAAGCGCCGCUACAAGAACAGCUUGGACUGCAUCCGCCAAGUGUUACGCGAUGAAGGGAUUCGGGGCCUCUACAAGGGCAUGAGUGCGAGCUACCUGGGUGUGGCCGAGUCGACCAUGCACUGGAUGCUCUACGAGCAGAUUAAGCGCUCGCUUGUGAGGAGAGAGGAGCGCAUCGCCCUCAGCGGCAGGUCGAAAGGCUGGUGGGAUCAUACCGUCGACUGGACGGGCAAGUUUGGCGCCGCGGGCUUUUCGAAGUUCAUCGCGGCCGUAAUCACCUACCCUCAUGAGGUCGCCCGCACUCGCCUGCGCCAAGCACCCAUGGCCGACGGCCGACCCAAAUACACGGGCCUCAUUCAGUGCUUCAAGCUGGUGUUCAAAGAGGAGGGCAUGCUCGGCCUUUACGGCGGCAUGACACCUCAUCUGCUCCGGACAGUCCCUAGCGCGGCCAUCAUGUUUGGCAUGUACGAGGGCAUCCUCCGACUCCUCCGCACUUCGGCCUAA